AGAAGCCAGAUCAACCAGAUUCCCACCAAGUACAGCACAGCCGAGUCCACCAAGUUCCUGAUCCUGACAGUGGUGUCUAUCCUGUGUAUCGUGGCUGUGCUCCUGGCCUCCACCGUGGUCUACUGCCUCCGACACCGCUCUCACCACAAGCUCAAAGAGAAGCUCACCAACCUGGGAACAGACACAGGCAGCGAUGCUACGUCCACCUAUCAAGUAGGAGCAUAUAUAUCAGACGUCAGUCAGUCUAUAAAUGGUACCCUAUCCCUAUGGCCCUGGUCAAAGGUAGUGCACUAUAUAGGGAAUAGGGGAUCAUUUGGGACGCACUCCAAAAAAUACAGAUGACUUCAUGAUUAUUUUUUUUGUAAUGAAAACUGAAAAUCCAAGUGUAUGUUAGAUUGUUUUGAGUGUAUGUUGUGUACACUUCACAGGAGGCUGGUGAGGGGAGGACGGCUCAUAUUAAUGACAUUUUAGUCAUUUAGCAGACGCUCUUAUCCAGAGCAACUUACAGUUAGUGAGUGCAUACAUUUUCAUACUGGCCCCCCGUGGGAAACGAACCCACAACCCUGCCGUUGCAAGCGCCAUGCUCUACCAACUGAGCUACAGGGGACUAAUGGCUGGAAUGGAGCGAAUGGAAUGGCAUCAAACACAUGGAAACCAUGUGUUUGAUGUAUUUGAUACCAUUGCACCUAUUCUGCUCCAGCCAUUACCAAUAGCCCAUCCUCCCCAAUUAAGGUGCCACCAUUUUCAUUUGUAGAGUAGUAUGUGUUUCUUCCAUUCCUUUUUGAGUGUUUCGGAAUUUGGAAAAUGGAAAAUGAUAUGAACCCAACAGGUUUGCGGGUGGCGUUGUCUGUCUGUGCUGGUAGUAAUUUCAAUUCCCCCUCUCUAACAGGUGUAAUUAUCCUACGGCCUGAAAGUCCAGGUGUGAAAUUCGAUUUAUAGAAUCCAAUAUUAAGCCUUUUUAAGCAAAGAAUUAGAUUACAAUUUCUGCCACUGACCAUUCUCCCUGAUCUUUUUAAAUGAGAGUGGUCCUGCGAGCAUUGAUUUUAAAAUGGUACUUACAUUUUACAGUACUUUAGGUGCUGUCCUCAAGUCAUUCUAAUUUGUAUUUACAUUUUACAUUUUAGUCAUUUAGCAGACGCUCUUAUCCAGAGCAACUUACAGUUAGUGAGUGCAUACAUUUUCAUACUGGCCCCCCGUGGGAAACGAACCCACAACCCUGGCGUUGCAAACGCCAUGCUCUACCAACUGAGCUACAUCCAAAUAAUACUAGCGUAGGGUAUUCGACUUUAAUGUUUCAUUCUACUUUCAAAUAUAUUUUAUUUGACUGUGACAUUUUUGGGAUGUAUUUCAUAUUGACCAACAGGGUGGCUGGAUGGUUUUAUUAGUCUUAAAUAUUUUUCAUGAUCCACUUACUGCUGGGCUCCUGCACAUUUCCGCUUAACGGAUGUUUACUGGGCCUUUACACACUUUGAUUAAGAGUCAGUGGCUUUUCCUAAGGCAUUUACCACCUUGGCCAUGCAACUAAAACCAAUGCAAAUAUUGCAUAUUUUGAUAUUAAGUAAUUUCACUAACAAACUGCACCUGAAAUUACAAUACAAUGAUUUUUCAUUCUCCCUUUGCUGCUAUGCUAUACUCUUGUAGAUGUUGUGUAGCAUCCAUCUUAAGGAUAUAUAGAAGGAUUCCCUUGACUGAACUGAAUGCACGCCUGUGUGUGUGUGUGUGUGUGUUUGUGUGUGUGUUUGUGUGUGUGGGUGAGUGUGUGUGCGCUGGCCCAGCACAAGGGAGCAGUGACUCUUUAAAGCUACAUGCAAUUAAAGCAGACGGGUAGCAGCGGGCAGUCUGACGGCCGUAAUACACACACAUCACUGAGUCACACUCACAUUCUCACAGCCUCACUGCAUGCUAAUGACCCAGGCCCUGGGUGUGUCUGUCUGAGCCUCUGAGGCCAUGGUCACACACACACACACACACACACACACACACACACACACACACACACACACACACACACACACACACACACACACACACACACACACACACACACACACACACACAAACACACACAGCUCACACACAAACACACACAGCUCACACAUAACGUACCCCCACAGUGUCCUACCAGCUUUCUGUAUAUCACAGACAUCUCUAUGCCUUAGGUCUCAGUGUCUCCAAGUUGUCAGCCAUAUUGUCCUGUGAUAUGAAAAUAUGAUGUUGAACUGGUUGACACUGGGAGAGAAAAGCUUGAUUGACAGGCUGCCUGCCGUAUCUAUGGAUGAUAUCUCUCUGUCAGUCAGUCUCCAGUCCCCUGGAUUUCCAAGAGAGACAUGGGAACUGCCUGCCAUACUGCUGAACAGUCUCCCUGGCCUUCCACAUCUCUCUCUCUCUCUCUCUCUCUCUCUCUCUCUCUCUCUCUCUCUCUUUCUCUUUCUCUUAUCUUUCUCUCUUAUCUCUCUCUCUCUCUCUCUCUCUCUCUCUCUCUCUCUCUCUCUCUCUCUCUCUCUCUCUCUCUCUCUCUCUCUCUCUCUCUCUCUCUCUCUCUCUCUCUCUCUCUCUCUCUCUGCCUCCUCUCACUCUAAGUUUUCCCUCUCUCCUUCUCUCUGCCAACAUUUGCCCCCCCUGUCUUUCUAUCUCUCUUCCUCUCGCUCUCUGUGUCUUCCCUCUAUGCCAAAAACUGCCCCCCCCCUCUCUCUCUCUCUCUCUCUCUCUCUCUCUCUCUCUCUCUCUCUCGCUUCUUUCUCUUGCGCUCUCUCGCCCCCCUCUCUCUCUCCAUCUCUAUCUUCCUUUACCACUAUCUCUCUGUCUCCACUCUAUGCCAACCCCUGUCUCUCUAUCUCCCUCCCUCCCUCCCUCUCUUUCUCUCUUUCUCUCUUUCUCAAUUCAAUUCAGUUCAAUUCGCUUUAUUGGCAUGAUGUAACAAUGUACAUAUUGCCAAAGCUUACUUUGGAUAUUUACAAUAUUAACAUAAUUAAAAAUAUGUAAUAAUAAUCAAUAUUGUCAACGGGACAGCAGUAACAACAAUGACCAUGGGUCAAAAUAACCAUUGAACAAUAACAAGAGGACAUGUGCUGGUUGGUUGGUCUGUCAGACACUGUCCCUCAUCUUCUGGCAGGCAGCAAUGUAGUGCGCUGCCAACCCACAGCUCUCUGCAUCCUCCCCCAACAGGACGGGUAGCCUAUUCUCAUCAGAGAGGUCUUUGAAACCUUGAAAAAUGGUUUCAAAUUUGGGGAAAUUACACUCUCUAAUUGGUUUAUAUUUUUUUUACAUUUUAUCAGGAAAUGCAGCUCUGUCUCAGGUUCUGCUGUGGUGCAGUGGUUGCACAGCCUUUCCUCUACAGGAAGCCAGGUUUUCCUGUGUCUACCCUUCUCAAUGGCAAGGCUGUGCUCACUGAGUCUGUACUUUGUCAAUGUUUUUCUAAGGUUUUGUUCAGCAACCAUGGUCAAAUAGUUUGCCACGGUGUACUGUCGAUUUAGGGCCAGAUAGCACUGCAUUUUACUUUGUGCUUGUGCUUGUGUUUCCCAAUAAGCAAUGUAGUUUUGUUUUGACUGUGUUGUAAUUUGGUUAUUCUGACUGAUUGGAUGUUCAAGGUCCUGAGGCUUCAGUGUGUUAGUAGAAACAGGUUUGUGAACUCAGCCCCAGGACAGCUCUCUCUCUAUCUAUAUUCUCUCUUAUCUCUCUCUAUCUUCUCAUAUAUAUACUAUAUCUAUUCUCUCUCUAUAUCUCUAUCUCUAUCACUCGCUCGCUCAAUCUUGUUAACUCUCUCUCUAUCUCAGUUAUCUCUCUCUCUCUCUAUCUCUAUCUCUCCGCUCUUAUCUCUCUCUAUCGCUCUCUCUCCUCUAUCUCUCUCUCUUCUCUCUCUCUCUCUUCUCUCUUCUUCACUGCAUGUCAAUCUGUUUCCUCUCUCUCUCUCUUCUCUCUCUCUCUCUCUCUCUCUCUCUCUCUCUCUCUCUCUCUCUCUCUCUCUCUCUCUCUCUCUCUCUCUCUCUCUCUCUCUCUCUCUCUCUUUCUCUCUCUUUCUCUCUCUCUCUCUCUAUCCACCAUAUUGAGUCAGAGGGCCUUUGGUUGUUUUAGCACACUCGCUCAAUCUGUUUCCUCUCUCUCUUUCUCUCUCUCUCCCUCUCUUUCUCUCUCUCUCUCACUCGCUCAAUCUGUUUCCUCUCUCUCCCCCCCCCUCUCUCUCUCUCCCACUCUCUCUCCUACUCUCUCUCUCUCUCUCUCUCUCUCUCUCUCUCUCUCUCUCUAUCCACCAUAUUGAGUCAGAGGGCCUUUGGUUGUUUUAGAACAUGGGCAAAGCGGUGAGAAAGGCCCCUACAUUUGUUGGAGGGCAUGCAAACACAGGCACCCUGUGCUGUUGUAGCCUUGCCACCCUCCCUAUUAGCACUCUAUUAUAAAUUGUCUGCGUCCCAAAUGGUACCCUAUUCCCUAUAUAAUGCACUACUUUUGGCCAGAGCCCUUCGCAUAGUACACUUUAAAAAAAGGCUAUUGGAUCAACUAUUUUUUUUAAAACUUCAAGUUGUUACAAGUAAAUAAGUUAGGGAGAGUUGGGUUUCAAUAAAUAAAAAAAAAGACAUUUGUUGAAACCAAAUAUAUGAUUCAAUGGCAACUGUUUAUUGGUUUAACCUAAUAAAUAACAUAAAUACAAACUAAUAUUUCAUGUAAAUAAAACCUAUUGUUUAAUCUUGUUCCAAGUAGAUUUUUCACUUUCGAAUUCACACAUUUCUAAAGCAAUUAAACCAAUUCCCUGUAAAUCAAGAAAUUAAGUUGGUUAAAAGUCAUGAAAGAAUGACUCCAAGCACAAUCUUUACAUAACACCUUUAGAUAUAUUGGCCCCAAUAUUGGAGAUCUAACAGGCUCUUUCGUAUCACAUGCACGCAUGCAAGAACCAUAACUGUCAGUAUACAAGCUUAACCUUGUAAAAUUAAUACAACAGAACACAUUAACUGGAAUGACAUUUACUUUCACGGGUGUCAAAAAAGCACAAACGAAAAGCCACGGCCCCAUUAAGCCACGCCUCCAAAUAUUUUAAUAGGCUGCCACCGCUACAUUUCCCACACCGCUAUAGACGGGUUGCCUGACAAUGUCACAAAAAUUAUGUGUGCGCAUUGCAGAGGCAGAAGGCCAUGUGGGGAAUCGUAGGUGGUUUGUUUCAGUUAGUUGUGUCUUGUUCUUGAUACCAUGUCUUGUUUUGAGGUGUUUUGACUGAUGUCACGGCUAUGCUAAUAUAUAAAAUUCACAAAGCUAGCUAAUCAACAACUGUAUUGAUGUAUUGUGCAAUUUUUAAAAUGUUUUCAAUAAACAUUUGGUGACUAAAUAUAGUUUACAACCCUGUCUGUUUUGCACCCAAAGUUGUGCACGCAUCGGUUUUGUUGCUAAACAACCCACCCGUCUAUGCAAUGCUAAUGAGGCAUUGAAAGCAAUUAAGAAGCUUUUAUUCAAUUGAAAAAAUUGAUUGGUCAAAUUAUUUUUUUAUUUUUUUAUAGAAUAGGUUGAAUGAACCAAAGUGUAAUUUUUGAUCAAGCCAAUCAGUAAAAGCACUUCAAUUGAACAACAGUGCCAUCCAACUUUUUACAGUGUAGUACACUAUAUAGGGAAUGGGGUGCCAUUUGAGAUGGAACCAUAGACUGGUGUUGGAGGCUCGCUAAUCUCUCAGUGACAGACUACGUAAACAUAAAUGGUAAUGUAGAUCUGUCAUGAUACAAAGGGAUGCGUGAGAUCACGAGCAGCAUUAGUUCCGGGGCUUGGGAUUUUCAUCACUGGUUAUUUAGACAAAUCACGAUUUCACAGAUGUUAGCAUCUUUCAAACUUCAGUAUGGGAGGGGACAUUUGGCCCAAAGACUUGCCUGUAACUUGCAAAGAGAGAGGGUGGAGCUCUUCAUUCCGGUUCCGUUCCUCGUUCUAUCUCUUCUCUUAACACGUAUGGACCCAGAACUUAAUCGAGCUUCUGACCAAUUACACAAGCAUUUAGUUCUGGGUUAACCAAGAUCAGAAGCUCGCCCACACUGGCCAGUCUUCACAGACACUCCCACUGCCCAGGGUGGUAUAUGGUUGCUUCCCAAAUGGUACCCCAUUCCCUAUUUAGUGCACUGCUUUUGACCAGAGCCCUAUGGGAAUAGGGUGCCAUUUGGAACAUAGACCAUGAGAGAGACAAUUGACUCAUAGGCCUCUUGUGUCUUUCUGUCUGUGUUUUUGAAAUAAAAUGAAAUAGAAGAUAAUGUUAUUAUUUAUGUCAGGCCAGACUUUCUUUUGUGAGAUAGCUAGUGCUUUCCGUAUCAUCUGAACCAAACGCAUUGGAAUACAUUUCCAUUAUCUAAUCCAUUUUUUUCUUAAUUCUUACAAGGUAAGCUUUAACAUAAAAUAUGUGUUCAAUUCCAGAUUUUCGUGUGAGAAAUAUAAGAUAACACAUCCAUAGCUUGUUUUCAAACAUCAAUUGAAGGAAUGAAUAAUGCAACAUCUGACAACUGUUCCAACGUCUGUCUCAGGCUCACACAUCGGAGAACAGAUUUAUCUAUCAAUGCAGGGUUUUUGUUUUCAGAAUUUCUCCAUAUCCUGCAAUAUAACAUGGAGAUCAACCAUAUACAGUAUAAACAGACUGACACCAGGGUAGCAUCCCAAAUGGCACCCUAUUCCCUAUAUAGUGCACUACUUUUGACCAGGCUAUGAAAAAAAACGUAAUACACUAUAUAGGGAAUAUGAUGCUAUUUGGGACGCAGCCGUGUUCAUUUCUCCUUGGCCUGGGCAGUGCCAUACUAAAGCUGUAAAUAGGUCUUAUUUAAUUUAAACCCGACCUUGGUGGAACGUUUUUCCUUUUUCCUCCUCGUCUGUUUCAUUUGGGCUUUUUGCGGGCAGCUAAUUGAAUAUCUCAGGGGAGGGCAUUUUCAUAUGGGACCUUUUUUAUUAGGACUGAUUGCGGUAACCUCAAAGUUCACCAUGUAGAGUUGUUUUAAUGUGAAUGUUAGAGCCUACAGUAAUGGUGGGACUGUCUGGAAUGGGGCUGUAGCAGGGGGAUGGGGGAGAGGGGAGGCAGGCCCUCCAUGGUGGCUGCUGGGAAAGAUAGACAGACAGACAGACAGACAGACAGACAGACUGACUGACUGACUGACUGACUGACUGACUGACUGACUGACUGACUGACUGACUGACUGACUGACUGACUGACUGACUGACUGACUGACAGGCAUGUUGACAGACAGACAGACAGACAGACAGAUUUUGUAGAAUUUAGUGGUUAUAAGCUACUAGCCUUAUAGCAUGUUAAUAGAUUGGAAAUAUGACUAGCUGGAUUCCUGUAUUUUUCUAUAACAUUGCAGAUAUUUUGUGUGCUUAAACUGAAGCAGAGUGUAAGCACACCAUAUACUCUUUCCAGUUAAUGGUACUGAGGGAAUGGAUGCUGGUAAAACAAAGACAGACCUAAUUGCCAUGAUUAUGGCUCAGACAGCCAAUGGAUCAAUGUCACAGGGAUAAUAAGGAUAAAUAGUGAGAUAAGAUAUCAACUGUAAUGAAAUUGCUUGUGUUGUCACUCACAGCCAGUGUUAAUCAUUAUUAUCGCUCUCCUAAUGAAUGGAGCAUGUGUAGCUAGACGUCCUCUGACAUUAGCUAGGCUAUAUCACCAGCUGCAUUAGAUCACUGCUCCCCAAUAGAUAUCCUUAUAAUUUGAACUCAUUGUCUUGGAGUAAAUGUUAUAACUAUUUCAGUAUUCCUUAAAUAUUUCUCUAAUAAUAUUUAAAUAUUACUUAAAUAGCAGGUUGAACCCAUGCUGGAAUACAAAAUACUACAAUUACGCUACAGAAGGGCUUUUGUAUUUCUCAGGUGCACCAAGCCACCAACAUCAUGUACGCUGAUGCUGAUAGUAUGCAAACUGUAAAUGUUAAUGUGCGCAUUAUCAAAUAUUAUAUUACAGCAGUCAAUGCCCCAUUGGUUGUGAAUGUGCACUCCCAGAGGUAGUGUAUAACAGUGACAUAACGUUAGUGACGGCUGCCGUUUCCUUGGAGAUGGUCAGUAACACUAGAACAGCCUAUAUGAUGCCAUUUAAACAGCCUAAUAAUAAUCAAUUUAAUGUAUACCAUCAGAAAACAAAAGAAAAUCCAUUGUUUUGUAAAGGCAGGUCUUAAGAAACAUUAGCAUAUGAAAAACAUGAAUUUUGGGCCUCUCGAGUGUCGCAGCGGUUUAAGGCACUGCAUCGCAGUGCUUGAGGCGUCACUACAGACCCGGGUUCGAUCCCAGGCUGUGUCACAACCGGUCGUGACCGGGAGUACCAUUGGGUGGCGCACAAUUGGCCCAGCGUCGUCCGGGUUAGGGGAGGGUUUGGCCGGGGGGGGGGGGGGGGGGCUCCUCCGACACAUUGGUGCGGCUGGCUUCUGGGUUAAGCGCGUGGGUGUUAAGGAGGGCGUUUUGGCGGGUCACGUUUCGGAGGACGCAUGACUUGACCUUCGCCUCUCCCGAGCCCGUUGGGGAGUUGCAGCAAUGAGACAAGAUCACAAUUGGAUAUCAUGAAAUUGGGGAGAAAAAGGGGGUAAAAUACAAAAACAAAUAAAUAAAAUAACAUGUAUUUCAAAAGAACGGAAUAGCAUAUUCGUGAGUUAACUUUGUAACUUCCCAUGUCCCUCCUUCCUCUCCUAGGAACUGUGUCGUCAGCGGAUGUCGGUCAAGCCGCCGGCGGAGCGUCCAGAGCCGAUGCACAGUGUGUCGUCGCGGAUCAACAGUGUGUCGUCCCAGUUCAGCGACGGGGGGUCCAUCGUCAGCCCCUCGGCACGAAGCUCCACCUCCUCCUGGUCUGAAGAACCUGUCCACUCCAACAUGGACAUCUCCACUGGACACAUGAUCCUGGUAAACACCCGUACCACUACUGACUCGCCCUAUCACUGUCUGCCUGUCUCUCUCUCUCUACCUCUCUCCAUCUGUCUUUCUUAUUCCAUCUCUCUCUCUCUCUCUCUCUCUCGCUCUCUCUCUGUCACUGUCUCUCUCUCGCUCUCUCUCUCUGUCACUGUCUCUCUCUCUCUCGCUCUCUCUCUCUGUCACUCUCUCUCUCUCUCUCUCUCUCUCUCUCUCUCUCGCUCUCUCUGUGUCACUGUCUCUCUCUCUCUCUCUCUCUCGCUCUCUCUUUGUUUCUAUUCAUCUCAUUACACCCACAUUUCUAUGAGCAGGCUUCUUCCACAUGUCUUCUCUUCCCACAUAUUCAAAUGUUCAUUGAUUCUGAAUAACUCUGUCUACCAUUGUAAUUGCAGUGUAUAUCUGUUCUUCACAUAGCUCUAUCUACAAGCAUUACACGCUCCUCACAAUAUGUGAUAGAAGGGCCCUGGGAUGUUUUCAAUAGGCAUGAAGCUCUUAAUUGCCCCUGAGAUUUACACCGGGAAUAUAUGAGACACACAGACACGCACGUGCGCACACACACACACACCUGUCAGCCCUCUGAGUGGAGCAGCAGUGUAACGUGAGAAAGCUCUGUGAGCUUCAGUCCCUUGGACAGCUCCCUGGCAGCAGAUAGUAACGUGUGCUGCUACUCAACUGAGCCCAUUUUCAACAGAUUGGCCAAAUUGUUUGUCCCUUCCUCCCACGUGCAGCAGUUGAAAUAUGAGAAUGAAGUAAGCCACAAGGCCGUCAUUGGAGAGAGACUGUUCAGUGUUCAUGAGACUGGGGCUAUGUUUGGUUGGUAUAUAUUGGAGAGAAGCCAGGCCAGGGAAGUGAAAGGAAAUUACCCAUGAAGCGUGAGCCACGCUUCCCGCCCUCCCACCCCCGGCUGUGCCCCCGCCCCCCCAUCAUCCUGAAUGCCCUGCUUCAUUACAAUCUGCAUGAGACAGGGGGAGGUCCAGGGGCACGCUCCUACUCCUCUCUCUUCUUCUGCCAUAAAUCUCCCCUUCUCCUCUCUUCUCUCUCUCCUCCUCCCACUUUCCUAUGAUCUCUCUCUUCUCUCCUACCCCCUCUCUCUUCUCAUCUCUCUCUUCUCAUCUCUCCUCACUCUUCUCCUUCAACUUUCCUUUCUUCUCUCCCCUCUCUCUCCUCUCUUCUUUUCUCAGCAACAACAACAUCAAUAACAACAACUGUUACUGUGAUCCAUCUGCCAGUAAAAUAAUGCCAACUUUUUGAUUGAGUAAUGCUGAUGUUUCCCUCUUCUGUUCUUUUCCUGUGUUCUAGGCUCUUUCUGAAAAGUGACUGUUCAUCUAGCCACAGUAAAUGUACUGAGUAGUUUCCUAUGACCAGAGUCAGGCCUGAACAAACAUCUGAGGAGAGCUCAUAUUGAGUUAUCACAGGCCGGGCAGAGAGACAAACAUGUCAUCAGUACUAACAGUACAAGGUUCACACUUACACUACAGUACAUUGUAGAGCGAUUCAUAUUGUGGGGUUCAGAAAAAAACAUGAUUGCUUACUAGGUUUAUUCCCCCAAAGUAAUUGCCUUCUGUAAUUCUGCAAAUCCCACUCCAUCAUGAUCCCCGACUGAUUUGAAUUAGAGAAUUGCCUUGCACCAUCUUAUCUAUGUUAAUGUAUUACUUUGUCCCAUGUGACUUGUUCAGAAUCUGACUUCAUACAGAGACUUGGCUGUGUCUUAAGCGGAUGAACAUACUCCAUAUAUAAAGCAUAUUAUCUUGUCUUUUGUUGCUGGCCCAGUAAUUGUUAUAGAUUAUACUGCGUGGAGUCUAUAGAGAUUAGGGGUUUGCGAAGCUGCCGAGUGGGAAGUUAUUUAGAAGAUAGCUGAGUAUGUUACCGUGUGGGCGUGUGGUGUAAUUUGGAGUGUUGAUAUACACCACCAUUUUGCAGGCACAAUGUGCUUGUCAAAUAUGAAGAAAUAUGUUGUUUAAUCACUUUAAUACAGGACAGUGUUGGAGGAAAAGCCUAUCGGGAGCAUUUAUGUUGGAAAGCACAAUAUGUUCAGGAGUAAAAGGUCUUAAUCUUCCAUGAUACCCCCUAUUCCAUGGUUGCGUCCCAAAUGGCAUCCUAUUCCCUUUAUAAUGCACUCCUUUUGAUGGGCCCUGUUCAAAAGUAGUACACUAUAUAGGGAAUAGGGUGCUAUUUGGGACACAACCCAUAUGAGCUUACUCCAGUAUAAAGAAAAUUGGCCUUAUUAUAACGGUGUUUUUAGCUUCAUGUGAUGCUGCAGCUUCCUCACUGUAGUGUGUAAGCUGCAGUUGUUCCCUUUCCUUUCCUGGCAUCUCCAUUCUACGUCCCAAAUGGCACCCUAUUCCCUAUAUAGUGCACUCCUUUUGAUGGCAAUAGGGUGCCAUUUGUGACACAUCCAAUCAGUGUAAAACCAAACAGCUCAUAUGUGCACAUGUCAUUCUCUCACCCAGGUGCUCUAGUCUAGUUCAUUAAGAGGCUCUAGCCCUGCCAUGACAUCAUCGACAGCUCUGAGCUGAGCGCUAGCUCCUCAUCGAGCGUAAUUUCAUUCUGAUUUUAUUGAGCACCUUUUGGCAGCUGUAAACCCAGCAGUAAGGGGAUUAGCCAGUGUUUGCCUGACACAUGGUGAUCUCAGCACCUCCUGAUUGGAUUGCAAUAAUCCCUUUACACAGUACAAAACCCCAUUACUCUGGCAUUAGCGCAGAGGAGAGUGUGGCUCUCUGAUGCCCUGGGAGGGCUGGUGGAGGGGUAGGGGAUGGAGGGGUAGAGGUGGAGGGGGGUGAGGUUAUCCGGGUAGGGUAACAGUGCAGAAUGAAGGUGCUAUUUGAUAAGGGGCUAAAUCAAGGAAGGGUCAUGGAUUCAUGCCCUGCUAAAAUAUUGAGCCUGUUUCCCAGACUGUGUUCAGUGUGUCAGCACAUACUGUAAUAAGUAUUGAUAUGAUAUGGAGGCCAGGACGUACUGGGAUAGCGUGGGCAGGGAUUAAAGUAGCAUUGUUAAAUUGUGUGUUUGAGUGUGUGUGUGUGUGUGUGUGUGUGUGUGUGUGUGUAUGUGUGUGUGUGUGUGUGGUGAACCUAGUGCUGAUCAUCCCUGUAUGCUUUAUUAAGGAGCUUCACUUUUUCAAUCAUAGUGAGGAGGAGCCAGUCAAGAGUGCGUCCCAAAUGGCACCUUAUUCCCUAACACUAUAAGGUGCACUAUUUGGGACGCAGAUAAGAUAUCUGCCCAGGACAGAUUCUAUUUCAACAAAUACCCCAUAUAUCCUGUUAGGAGAAAGUCCAUUAAGUCUAUCUGAGUACUUACCAUGAAUCCAGAUGAUGUCCUCCCCAUUGUAAUCUUAUGUUAUUAAUAUAAUUACAUUAGGACUGUCUCAAAUGGCACCCUGUUCCUUAUAUAGUGCACUACUUUUGUUUUGACCAGAUCCCUAUGGGUAGUAUGGUAGUAGUGUACUACAUAGGGAAUAGGGUGCCAUUUGGGACGUAGCCUAUGAGUCCUUUUAAGAAGCUAUUUUAUUUUGUGUUAAAGAGAUAUUCCUGGUGAUUGUUAGAUACCUGUUUGUGUAUUAACCCUGUAUCAUCAAUGAUGUCCAACAACCAUCUCAGCCAAAAUGUCCUCUACCAACAGAGAGGAACAACAGCUAGUCUACCCUGAUGGCCCCAGUGCUAAAACAUUCUAUGUUUCACAUUUAGCUUUGACAAUCUCAUUAGCGGCAGUUAAUCAAUGUCAGUGCUCCUGACUUAAUUAUGAAUACAAUAGGGGAGGUAAUGGUCUUGGUUGAAUGGCUUGUCAUUUAGAGGGAACUAUUCCUGUUCCUGACUAUGACUAUGACCACGUAGAGACCAUAAAUAAAGAUGAGUUUGUAAUAAAAUGGGUUAUGAGCUCACUUCUCCUCUAAUAAAGACACUAGGAAUCAAAUGCCACAAAACAUUUGCAAUAUUAUUCAUAUAAUGUCUACAAUAAAAUGCUACUGGUUCAUCUUUGCUCCUGCUGAAUUAAGAAUACUAUUUUUCAAGUCUCCUUAUUGUAUCCACAUCUUGCUUUUCAUUACUCCUUCUUGGUCAGGUCGUUAUUGACUUAAAUUAAGCCAAAAUGAAAAAUUAAUCUUAUCUUACCUCCCUAGUUUUACAUUGAGGAGGAAUACACACCAACUGAUAAACAAGAUGGGUACAACUAUAGUUAUUUAAUCCAUAUUGAAUCCAUAUAUUCUCUUUCCUCCCUAGUCUUACAUGGAGGACCACCUGAAAAACAAAAAUCGUCUGGAGAAGGAGUGGGAGGCUCUGUGUGCGUACCAGGCUGAGCCCAACGCCUCCACUACAGGCCUGGGGGCCGGGAACAUUAAGAAGAACCGCUCCAAUGCUGUGGUGGCCUGUAAGUUAUUUUUGUCUUCUUUUAAAGGAGUGGGGCAGUCCCAAUCCUUCCAUGUUUAUUGGAUAGAGCGGAAACGUAGAACAGAGUGUGCUGAAAGAGCAGUGAAUGGGAUUUCAACCCAUGCUCAUAGCAGUACAUUAUACAUGAGGCCUGUAAGUUCUCCUGUUCUCUAUACCCUGAUCUAAGAGACCUUUACCUUCGUCUUGCACUUUGAUUUGUCCCUGCAUUAUAGGUAACUGACCUCUGAGAUAAAAUACUGUCUUUAAAUGCUGUUAGAUACAGUGGGGGGAAAAAAUAUUUAGUCAGCCACCAAUUGUGCAAGUUCUCCCACUUAAAAAGAUGAGAGAGGCCUGUAAUUUUCAUCAUAGGUACACGUCAACUAUGACAGACAAAAUGAGGAAAAAAAAUCCAGAAAAUCACAUUGUAGGAUUUUUAAUUAAUGUAUUUGCAAAUUAUGGUGGAAAAUAAGUAUUUGGUCACCUACAAACAAGCAAGAUUUCUGGCUCUCACAGACCUGUAACUUCUUGUUUAAGAGGCUCCUCUGUCCUCCACUCGUUACCUGUAUUAAUGGCACCUGUUUGAACUUGUUAUCAGUAUAAAAGACACCUGUCCACAACCUCAAACAGUCACACUCCAAACUCCACUAUGGCCAAGACCAAAGAGCUGUCAAAGGACACCAGAAACAAAAUUGUAGACCUGCACCAGGCUGGGAAGACUGAAUCUGCAAUAGGUAAGCAGCUUGGUUUGAAGAAAUCAACUGUGGGAGCAAUUAUUAGGAAAUGGAAGACAUACAAGACCACUGAUAAUCUCCCUCGAUCUGGGGCUCCACGCAAGAUCUCACCCCGUGGGGUCAAAAUGAUCACAAGAACGGUGAGCAAAAAUCCCAGAACCACACGGGGGGACCUAGUGAAUGACCUGCAGAGAGCUGGGACCAAAGUAACAAAGCCUACCAUCAGUAACACACUACGCCGCCAGGGACUCAAAUCCUGCAGUGCAAGACGUGUCCCCCUGCUUAAGCCAGUACAUGUCCAGGCCCGUCUGAAGUUUGCUAGAGUGCAUUUGGAUGAUCCAGAAGAGGAUUGGGAGAAUGUCAUAUGGUCAGAUGAAACCAAAAUAUAACUUUUUGGUAAAAACUCAACUCGUCGUGUUUGGAGGACAAAGAAUGCUGAGUUGCAUCCAAAGAACACCAUACCUACUGUGAAGCAUGGGGGUGGAAACAUCAUGCUUUGGGGCUGUUUUUCUGCAAAGGGACCAGGACGACUGAUCCGUGUAAAGGAAAGAAUGAAUGGGGCCAUGUAUCGUGAGAUUUUGAGUGAAAACCUCCUUCCAUCAGCAAGGGCAUUGAACAUGAAACGUGGCUGGGUCUUUCAGCAUGACAAUGAUCCCAAACACACCGCCCGGGCAACGAAGGAGUGGCUUCGUAAGAAGCAUUUCAAGAUCCUGGAGUGGCCUAGCCAGUCUCCAGAUCUCAACCCCAUAGAAAAUCUUUGGAGGGAGUUGAAAGUCCGUGUUGCCCAGCGACAGCCCCAAAACAUCACUGCUCUAGAGGAGAUCUGCAUGGAGGAAUGGGCCAAAAUACCAGCAACAGUGUGUGAAAACCUUGUGAAGACUUACAGAAAACGUUUGACCUGUGUCAUUGCCAACAAAGGGUAUAUAACAAAGUAUUGAGAAACUUUUGUUAUUGACCAAAUACUUAUUUUCCACCAUAAUUUGCCAAUAAAUUCAUAAAAAGUCCUACAAUGUGAUUUUCUGGAUUUUCUUUCCUCAUUUUGUCUGUCAUAGUUGACGUGUACCUAUGAUGAAAAUUACAGG